AGGUGAAAAUCAGUGAGGUAAAGCAUACCAAGGGGAGACAAUCACUGAAGAUGUGCCGGACAGGUUGAUGGGAGUAUUAAUGGGACUGUACAGAACGACUUCAACAAGUUUACAAGUUUAUGUACGUGUAUAGAAUCACGAUGGGUUGAGGCCUGAACCAGGAAGUUACAGAAUUACCACUCAGAACAGAGGAAGUUCACCUGUGACCAUGGCCAUAGAACAAUUUGAUUUUGAUGAUCCGCGAAGUCAGAAGUUCCGUGCAGUGACAAGGCGUGUGUUGGUAUUAGGCGUAGUGUGCCUCGUCCUAACAGUGGUGAUGGUCGCAGUGGUAACUGCUGUCCUGCUCACAGCAGAAAAUGACACCAGACAACAAGUGAAAGCUGCAGCCCUACUGGAAAACUCAACAACUCAUUAUGUAGGCAUGACAAGGCUGGGGUCAUUUAGUGCACAAGGGUCACAGAGUACAGCUAGUUUUCUGGGUAGUUUUGGGUCAUCGGGUGCAACAACCUCUGUCUCUGUCAGUACAGAUACUUACCAUAGCAGAAGUUCACUGAUUAUACCACAACAAUCUGCAACUUCUUCCUCAACAGAAUCAUCAUUAGGAUCAUCAUCUGAAUCAUCAUCUGAAUCAUCAUUAGGAUCAUCAUUAGGGUCAUCAUUAGGAUCAUCAUUAAGAUCGUCAUUUGGAUCAUCUGUCUAUUCCACUAGUAUGACUUAUGCCACCAAUCCCAUAUCAUUAAGUUUAGACACCAAACCUUCCCCGAUUGUAGAGGAUACCCAACACUUGACACCUGCCCUGCAGUCAUCUGUAUUUAACCCAACUUCAACAUCUUUGUUUCCAUCUGAAGUAUCUGUUUUUGUAACCAUGGUAACAGAUCCAAUGAUGUCCUCACACCACGUCUCAUCCUCCUCCUCAUCAUCAGUUGACGAGCUAGAUAUGUCUUCAACUUCCUCCAUGGAGAUGACAUCUAUGGAACCUCUACCAUCAAGCCUCCAUCAGACCACAAUAAUUGCCAGUGAUAUGACCUCAUUUUUAAGGUCAGAAGUGAGGUCACUUGUUUACUCCACUCAAGAGUCAACAAAUCACUCCUUCUCCGAGUCAACAAAUCACUCCUUCUCCGAGUCAACAAAUCACUCCUUCUCCGAGUCAACGGUAUCUCAACAUCAUGUGUCUUCCCAAUCAACAACAUCAUUAGAAAGUUCUGUAGGUCCCCCACAUACUUCAGAAGAUGCCACCUCUUCUAUAUCAGAUCAUUUUAUUUCCUCAUUUACAACACACAUGUCACAAACAUCUGCCAAGUUUGUCUUGUCCUCCUCAUCAGGUAGUCUUUCUCCGUCUCAGAAAAUAGACGACACCUUGGCUGAUGUUUCAGAAUCAUUAUUACAUGAUGUUUCCAUCUCUAUGUCGAGUUCUAUAAUGAACUCCAGUCGGCCUUUGAUGUCUUCCUCCUCCUUGGUACAGGAGACAGUCCCUACAACUCCUUUACCUACCUCACAAAUGUCCAUGUCCUUGGUCUCCUACCCACAAACACCUUUGCAGUCCUCGGUAACAACCACCCCCAUUGUACUAGUGUCUACCCACCCAAUUCCUGCCAUUGUUCCCACCCCCACCUCUGUGUCGUCUGCCUUGGUAGGUAGAACUGAGGGGCAGGGUACCAUACAACCCCAGUCAUCUGUAUAUCAUACCCUCCCUUUGGAGAAGACAACUCCUUUAUACACUAGUGAAACAUCAGGGUCUACAACCACUGUCAUAAACAGCACAGUGGCCAGCACCUCAACCAGCACCUCAGCCAGCACCAAAACCACUACUGCACCAACAGCCACCACAUCUACCACCUCACCCAGCACCUCAGCCAAGAUCACAACCACCACUGAACCCACCACCACCUCACCCAGCACCUCAGCCAAGAUUACAACCACUACUGAACCCACAACCACCUCACCCAGCACCUCAGCCAAGAUCACAACCACUACUGAACCCACAACCACCUCACCCAGCACCAGGGCCAAGAUCACAACCACCAUUGAACCCACCACCACCUCAGCCAAGAUCACAACCACUACUGAACCCACAACCACCUCACUCAGCACCGCAGCCAAGAUCACAACCAUCAUUGAACCCACAACCACUUCACCCAGCACCGCAGCCAAGAUCACAACCACCAUUGAACCCACCACCACCUCAACCAGCACCUCAGCCAAGAUCACAACCACUACUGAACCCGCAACCACCUCAACCACCUCAACCAGCACCGCAGCCAAGAUCACAACCACUACUGAACCCACAGCCACCUCACCCAGCACCGCAGCCAAGAUCACAACCAUCACUGAACCCACCACCACCAUAGAUAACGGAUGUCCUGCUGACAAAGCACCUUGUGAGGACGGCACUUGCCUGCUAGCCAGUAAGUUCUGUGACGGAGUGGUCAACUGUCCGGACGCCAGUGAUGAAGCCAAGGACUGCAGCUGUGGGAAUGGUCAGUUCAAGUGUAGAAGUGGUCAGUGUGUGUCCAGUUUGGCCAGGUGUGACAGACAUCCUCAGUGUAGGGACAAGACUGAUGAAUUCAACUGUUCAGGUUGUGCUGGGUUCCAGUGUGAUUCAGGUCUAUGUCUGUGGACACACUCCAGUCGCUGUAACCAGGUGGUCGACUGUGAGGACCUUAGUGAUGAACUGGGAUGCCCCUUCAGACCAGGAUACAAGCGAUGCAGUAAUGGAAUCUUCAUCCAGUCGUCUGCUUGGUGUGAUGGUGUGGACGACUGCUACGACAACAGUGAUGAGACACAGUGUGAGUGUGAAGCUCUGAUAGAGACAGCUUGUCAGGACGGCGCCUGUAUACGACGAGAAUGGGUUUGUGAUGGAGUUCUGGAUUGUCGCAAUGGGACAGAUGAGGAGAACUGUGACCGGUGCGACAGUACAGAAUUUGUGUGCCCUGACUAUCAAUGUGUUGCCAUUGAUACUGUCUGUGAUGGUCACCCGGACUGUUCUGGAGGUGAAGAUGAACUCGGUUGUUUUUCACUUUCAACUACUGACCAGUCUAAUCUGAGCUUGACCACUGGUCAGUUGUGGGUCCGAUACUCAUACCAGGUCCAGCCUCUGUGUAGCAGCCAUUGGACGCAGCAGUUGAGUGACCACAUGUGUCUACAUCUCGGACAUGAGAAGGCUAUAGAGACGACUUACACACCAGAGUUGUCUUCCCCUCAGAACUCAUACUUUGAACUCAAGUCAGAUGUGAUGGUUUCAGGAAUUUCAGAUGUACUAGGCAAUCUUAUGAAUGUGACAAACUGUUCUAAUGGGAGUUUAGUCAACAUUUCCUGUUCAAACAAAGAAUGUGGAAGGCGAUCUGACGAUUUCCUUACAGCUUACAUUGCGGGUGGAGAGUUAUCUCCCCUGGGAAAGUGGCCAUGGAUAGCUUCUCUGACGUAUCUGGGGGAGCCACUGUGUACUGCUGCCAUAGUAACCAGCCAGUGGCUAGUUACUGCUGGACAUUGUGUGGCAUUGCCAGGAUCACAUGAUUACACACAUACACCAUUUUACGUCCAAGCUUCUGUUGGAUCUGUCAAACGUUUUACAGACCAGAGAUCUCAGCGUAACAUAGUUACUGCAGACAGAAUAUUACAACAUCCAAAAUUUACGUAUACUGGAUUGGGCCCGAUCCUGUGGGAUAUAGCAUUAGUGCACCUGGAACAACCUCUGACCUUCACAGAGGUCAUUCAACCAAUAUGCCUUCCAACGGAUACCGAUAGUUACCAUGACAACUGCUACUUGGCAGGAUGGGGAUUCUUAGACAAUGAUGGAGGACAGUUACCCAAUUACCUCAGAGAGGCCAAAGUUCAGGUGUGGGAAGAUGAGACUUGUCGUCAGGACACGGUUCCCCUGGAAACCAGUGUCAACACCAACAUCACCCUGUGUACGGGUUAUGCUGGCGGAAUUCUAUCUGGCUGUCAGGGUGACAGUGGCAGUCCCUUGAUGUGUGAGGACGUCAGCGGACACUGGUUUCUAGCUGGUGUGCUGAGUAGUGGAUCUGCCAACUGUGGUGUUGUUACUACUCGGGCCGACAGGUAUACACGAGUGUCAGCUCUGAGGGAGUGGAUUCAUGAUGUCAUAGGGACACCCUGAUGUCAGGUAUACACGAGUGUCAGCUCUGAUGGAGUGGAUAAAUGAUGUCAUAGGGACAUCCUGAUGUCAGGUAUACAUGAGUGUCAGCUCUGAGGGAGUGGAUAGAUGUCAUAGUGACACCCUGAUGUCAGGUAUACACGAGUAUCCGCUCUGAGGGAGUGGAUAGAUGUCAUAGUGACACCCUGAUGUCAGGUAUACACGAGUAUCCGCUCUAUCAUGGAGUGGAUUCAUGAUGUCGUAGUGAAAUCCUGAUGUUAGUGUUAUACACUAGAGUCCGGUCCUUAAUGAUCAGUAUUGCACAUGAUUUCGAUUCACGCCAGAAUGUUAUGGACAUUUAGACAGGAGGCAUGUUGUGGUUGAUGUAUACAGUGUUAUAGGUCUCAGGGAGUGGAUAUCUCACUUUACAUAUUAUAUAGGUCCUUCAAACAAGAAUGAUAAGAUUUUACAUCGUCCCAAAAAAUUUAUAUACAAUAGAAAUAUUAUUUAUAUACAUAUAUAAGUAUAACUUAAGAAACACUUGUUAGUAAAGCGUAACCGUGUUCAUCUUUAAACCAUAUCUUGUUAUUACAAUGUAUGUACUGUGUAUUGUGACAAGGUCUGUUACCCAGGUAUUGUGUUAUACAAAAAUGUAGUUGUAAACAUUGAACAAGAUCUGAGCAAUUUCAUGACUUAUAUUUCUAGAGUACUUUUGCUAUACAAUAUAUUUAUAUAAAUCUAUACAAUGACCUAGGAUUUGAAUAUUUGAUUAUUUAAUUAUUGAUAUAUUUUAUGUUUUCAUAAAUAAAUUUGAUAAAAGAAAUC